AUGAUGCUUCAAGAUGUUUCAGAUCCGAUGCUGUGCAGAGUAUUCCCAGCCACCCUCAAGGGAUCAGCGCAGAAAUGGUACCUCGGACUGAAGUCCAACACCAUCGGAACGUUUGCAGAACUGGCAACAGCAUUCAAAGGGCGUUUCCGCACAAACAUCCCGCUGCAGAAGAACUCAAGUGAUUUACGGAAGUGCCGACAGGGUGAAGGCGAGACGUUGAAGAACUUCGUGGAGAGAUUCAAUAAAGAAGCAGUCCAGAUAGAGCACCUAAACCAUGAUACAGCCAUAGAGGCUAUGAAGAUGGGAACAAGGUUCGAACGACUGAGAGAUAAGAUCUUAAUGAAAAAGCCUUCCACUUUCCAAGAAUUGAUGGCAAUAGCACACAAGUACGUAGAACUGGAUGAAGCAAGAAGAACGCUAACUGAUAACUUGUGA